AUGCCUACAGGGUCAGCCGAACCAGAAGCAGUUGAUUCUGAAAUGGAGAACAUCACUUCUCAUACUACAGAGGAAAAAGGUGAUGAGUCUGGAGAUGUCAGUGCCGAAGACCUUUCUGCAGCUACAAACACCACAACCAAGAAGAAAAAUAAACACGAGAAAAAGAAAAAAGAAAUCAAGGAAGCAACUGAAAUAAAUGAAAACACAUCCAUAAACCGUGUGAAAGAGAGAUCCAAAGAUACCAUCAAGAUGAACUGUCGACAGUCAAACUCACUUGGAAGAGUAAUAAAUGUGGAUACAUCGUCAAUUACAUCUUACUUCCAGACAGUAUCACUCCUGCAGACCAAGAGGCCUAGGGAAGUGACGUCACCAAGUUCAGAAUCUGGAACAAGCUCACCAGCGAAGAAGAAGGUGGACACAGUAGACACUGGCCACCAGGAGGCAGCUGAAGUACCAGGCACCAUCAGCAGCCCAGAAGGUGAAGGAGAAAAAGGAAUGGAUGGAGAGGGAGCCAGGAGAAAACCUGGAGGACUCUUCGCAUGA